CUGGGGAGCUGGUGCUGGUGGGUGAGCAGGUAGUAGUGAUUGUGCCCACCUGAGGUUGACAUCUACUGUACAUCAUCAGUCUCUCAGCGAGUUUGAUUGUGGUGGUGAGCAGCAGCACCCCAGGAUGUGGUGGAUGGUGGGUGUUGGGUUAGUAGGAUUGUUUCUGGCAGCUCAAGCAUGGAGGGCACGAACGUGUCACGAGGUGGAAAUAAGUGGUCACAGACGGGUAGUGGUGAUCACAGGGUGUGACAGCGGGAUCGGCUACAGCGUAGCUAUGAGCGCCCGUGCCUGGGGUUGGACGGUGGUAGCCACCUGCCUGUCACCUGACGGGGAGGGUGCCGCACACCUCCGCGAGGCUGGUGUCCACAUCGUCAUCGUUGACCUCACCCAAACACACACACUUGCACACCUCCUCCAUACUAUACAACGCCUCAAGAUGAACAACCAAGAGGUGUGGUGUGUGGUGAACAACGCCGGGUUGUUGACGUACGCAUCGUGUGAAUGGCAGACGAGCGAGAUGGUGGAGCGACAGGUGGCGGUGAACCUGACUGGUGUUAUCCAAGUGACCAAGGCGCUGCUGCCAACACUCAGGAGGAACAAAGGUCGCGUGGUGAUGGUGUCGUCGCCAGCAGGGCAGGUUGGGACACCCACCAUGAGUGUCUACUCCGCCACCAAGUGGGGCGUGGAAGGCUUCACCCAAGCCAUCCGAAGGGAACUUGCCUCUACUGGAGUCUCUGUUGUGCUCGUCAGACCAUGUAACCUGCCCAACCGUACUGGGAUUCUCCGCAACAAUGCAGCGCAGCUGAGGGAGAUGAUAGAAGGGGCAGGGGAGGAGACCCUCCGCGAUUAUGGGGAGGCCAUGAAGGAGGCCGAACAGGUCUUCCACGAGGCCUAUGGUAAUGUGAACCAGGUGCAGGGCCUCCGAGACGAUCGCCUCCUGGAGUGCUUCAGGUCAGCUAUCAUGAGCAAGAGGCCACUGGCAACAUACUCGGCGGCGCCGCUGCUGGUGCGGGUGGCCCUCAACCUCCUGCAGCUCCUGCCUACUGCCUGGGUCGACUUCCUCUGCGCCAUAGAUUUCCACUAUAUUGUCUUAUCUUUAGCCAAGAACAGUUAAACGGCUCUGAAAAUCUGAUCUAUAUCAAGAACUGUAAAGAUCGCACGGUAAUGCUGAGGGAACAACACAAGAAACUCCUACAGGGCUUGAAGCAGAGAAGGGUGGAAUCGAGGAGGAACUGGUGUACAUGGGUUAUAUCCAGUGGGAGGGUAGUGGAAGGAAGAGCGCCAGCACAGAGCCAGGGAUCAGCGGUACACCCCCCCCCCUCCCACCCAAGAGGAGGCACCAGCUGUAAGGUCAAUGUAGACAGGUCGGGGAGACAGCUGUCUAAUUUAAGUUCCCUCUGCACAGUGACGUCACCCGAACUAUAGCUGGCUGGCCCGCUCCCCCUCGCUCUGUUUUUUUUUUUUUUUUUUUUUUUUUUAAAGAGGAUUAGC